CGUCUGUGCUAAUGUGCGGUAGUCGGCCGGGUGUUGCAAAGUAGGUCUGAAUUGGCUGCUAACAUACCAACUAAAUAGUUGGAGGACUUGUCCCCUAGCAGCGUGUUCGUCUUUGUCCGCCGACGGGAUCCACGUUGGCCGCGAUGGAAGUGGACAAAAUGGACGAGAAUGACUGGAGGUACCACGGGGAAGGCAACAAGAGCCUGGUGGUCUCCCACGUCCAGCUUUCCAAAGUUCUGCGUCUGCUCAAAUAUCCUGCUGAGGACUCGGAAAACCCCCCGCAGACGACGGAACAGGCCUUCAGGCAGAUCCAGAACAUUGUUGACUUCAGCAGCAACGUGAUGAGCAACCUGUUGGGAGAGAAGUUCAUCCACAGUGGAGAAGUAGUCAAGCUGCCCCUUGAGUUUGUGCGACAGCUGUCAAUCAAAGUUCAACAUCAGCGACCUGCAUGGCGUUGUGAUAAAGUUAUGGACAUUUAUAGCGGCUGUGCUCUAUGUCUGCCAAACCUGACAUCUCCGAGCCUCCAGCAGCCGUCACGCCCUCCUCCACUGUGUGUGGAAAUCAAGCCCAAGUGUGGCUUCCUGCCGUCCGCCAAGCACAUCAGCAGAGACGUGAAGACCAAAGUGUGUCGCUUCUGCAUGCAUCAACACUACAAGGUGGCCAACGGGCGCUGGAAGAAACGCAGUUUGUACUGUCCUCUCGACUUGUUCUCAGGGAGCAGACAGAGAAUGCACUUUGCCAUCCGACAACUCAUAGAAGAACCUCAGAACAACUUCAAAAUCUUCAAGGGAGGUCAGUGUAUAUACAGCAGCAAGGAGGGCGGCGGUGGCGGCGGCGAAGACUCGCCGGACCUGAACUCUCUGCUGUAUCACCUCAGACCCUACUUCCUGUAUGGAAACAAUCGAAUCAAUAGUCAUGUGAAUGGCAAAGCGGUCCUCAACGACUUCAUCCAGGUCCUGGUGAACGCCCUGCUGAAUGGUAGUGGUGGUGGAGGAGGGGGCGGGGUUGUGACGGAGCGACAGAAAGAGGGGCGGAGCUUCUGCGAUGCCAGCCUCUUCAACAAGGAGAGAAGUCGACAUGGUUCUCAGGGUUUACCCAGUGACAGCGUUUUGUUCCGGAUCCUUCAAACCCAAAUGUUGGACACUUUGAACAUUGAAGGACUUUAUCCUCUUUAUCGCAGAGUGGAGCAACACCUACAGGAUUUUCCCAAAGAGCGAAGUCGCCUGCAGGUGGAUGGUCCGUACAACGAGGCCUUCCUGGAGAGAUUACAGAAGUGUCCGACGGAGGACGACGGCUCUGUGGACUUUGCUGUCGCCAGGGUCCAUCAGUACCGCGUCGCCAUGACGGCAAAGGACUGCUCCAUCAUGGUUGCCUUGGUGCCAAGCAGCGAAGAGGAAGAUGACGAUGAAGUUCUCUCCGGUCAGAGGUGUCUCAGGGACUUCUUCACCUCCAGACCUCCUUCUUUUUCCUACUCCGUUUCCAUUCUGGAUCUGGACCCAAAGCCGUUCGACAGCAUCCCUUUUCAGCUGCAACUGGACCAGAAAAUUGUCUCAUGCUACAUGAGGACGGGUGCCGCCUUGCCGAUGCACCCGGGCGUCAUCACGACGUCGGACAGAGACGACUGCACACUCCUCUUCAGGCCCGUCUGAGGCGCUUUGACACUGGUGGGGAAUUGAACACUUGGGAUUAUUAUUAGAACAAUCCCUCCAUUCUGCCACAUUAUUUACUGUUUUUUUUUUUUAUGUUUUUGGAGGGUACUUUCUUCAUUUGGUGGUGGCAGGUUUCUAGAUGGAUGCGGUUACCUGGCAACGCUCUUAACAUCACCAUGGCAACACUGCUACCAGUCAAGUGCCAAGAAAGAUGCGGGUUAUUGGGUUGUGAUAUUUUUAUGAUGUCAUUUCCUGAAUGUAUGUGGAGACCUGAGGGGGGGUUAUCACCGUGGCAACAAGCUCCAUAUAAACACCCUUCAUUUGCCUUUGCCUGUCAGAAGCGGCCACGUGUUUGGCUCGCUCAAGAUCCUGAUUCCGGCAUCUCCAGCACCAACUUCCAUUCAUUCAUACACCCUGGACUGGUGGCCAGCCAAUCACAGGGCACAUAUAGACAAACAACCAUUCACACUCACAUUCAUACCUAUGGACAAUUUGGAGUUGCUAAUUAACCUAGCAUGUUUUUUUGGAAUGCGGGAGGAAACCGGAGUAUCCGGAGAAAACCUACGCAUGCAUGGGGAGAACAUGCAAACUCCACACAAAGAUGGCCGAGGGUGGAAUUGAACCCUGGUCUCCUAGCUGUGAGGUCUGCGCGCUAACCACUCCACUGCCGUGCAACCGAUCCUUUUUCAACAUUCAUUCAUUCAUUUUCUACCGCUGUCGAUUGGUCGCCAGCCAAUCACAGGGCACAUAUAGACAAACAACCAUUCACACUCACAUUCAUACCUAUGGACAAUUUGGAGUCGCUAAUUAACCUAGCAUGUUUUUUUGGAAUGUGGGAGGAAACCGGAGUACCGGGAGAACACCCAGGGGAGAACAUGCAAACUCCACACAGAGAUAGCCGAGGGUGGAAUCGAACCCUGGUCUCCUAGCCGUGCAGCCUCCGGCAUAAACUUCUCCACCCAAAUUUGAACAAAUAAGAUGAGCCAUCUUAGUUUCCUGGAGAAGGCAAACACGGUGAAACCUCACUUCGGGUAAAUACUUAUUCCCAAAGUCACAUGACCAGUCCCUCUCUGUGAGCUUCUGGGUCAAAGUUCACUUGUCUGGGCGCCUGGAGUGCUGUGCCAUACGUACAACUUUAUUAUAAGUGUUGUGCCUAAAUGUUCUGAUAGAACUGCGUGUGUGUGUGUGUGUGUGUGAGUAAGAAAUUGUUACAAGCUGCUUUCAUGUCCAACUUACCUGUGAACUCUCAGCACUCCAGAUGACUUCAACGGAGGGUCACAAGGUCAUCUGAUAUGUUCAGGUGCCGUCGGUGAAAUCUUUGUUUCCUGUGUACGAGACACCACUCCGCAGAAACGUCUUGUUUCUGUGACCCUUACCCUUAAAGGUCACACAGAGACAGCAGGACCUGAUGGGACCUAGUGUGACAGCAACCUAAACCAAUCAGAAUCCAGAUUGUGAUGGUUGAGCUGUUGUGUGAUUGGGUGUGUGUGUGUGUGUGUGUGUGUGUGUGAGUAAAAUGUUGAGAGAGAAAAAAA